AUGAUGUUACCUUUUGUCAUGCAGAUGUAUGCAGUGCAGUUUCAUCUAUUUGUCACGUGUGUUUUAUUUCUUAGCCGGGAGGGUUUCCGACGAGCAUGCAUGCGGAUGGAUAUAAAACGUGAUGAUACUUCAAUGGAAGAAGAUGUCGUGAAGCUAAUGAAAGUAGCGUGGAUGAGUGUCCCACUUGGCAUAUUUGUUACCAUUGUAGCUUGCCUUUUUGUCUUCUGGUGGCAACAAAUAAGUUAUUUUAGUCCUUAUGGGCAAGCUGUCUUGGUCAAUGGUUGUGCGUGCAUUUUGGAGCUGUUGGCCGAGCCUUUGUAUAUUCUUUCCCAGAACUUGGUCUUGCUUGAAUUACGGUUGAUGGUUGAGACAGUAGCUACAUUUUCACGGUGCAUGACAAUGUACUUUUUAAUUGUCAAGCUAACUGGAAUGGAAAAAUCAAUCAUAUUUGCGUUGUCACAGUCUGCUUAUGGAGCCUGCUUAUUUCUUGGUUAUUGGGGAUAUCUGCUUCUUUUUCGGAAACUUAGCUAUUCUUACCUUUUCCCAUUCAGAAAAGGAAACUUUUUUGGAUUUGACCAGCAGCUUUCGAAGAUGUGCACGCUGUUUACCUUUCAAUCGUUUCGAAAGCUGAUUCUUCAGGAAGGGGAGAAGAUAGUGCUUGUGUGGUUUGAUACACCAUAUAAUCAAGCUGUAUACGGCCUCGUGGAUAAAUUAGGUAGCUUAGUGGUGAGACUUGUCUUUUUACCAUUUGAAGAAAGUUCAUAUACAACAUUUGCAAGGUCUGCUUCAGGAGAAUACCCAGGAAAACACAAGAAAUUAGGAAAUUGCUUGACUGAAUCCCUCAAGUUGGUUUUGUUGAUUGGCGUUGUUUUCAUGGCAUUUGGCCCAAGUUAUUCUUACUCCCUCAUUAGAUUGUUGUAUGGAAAAAAAUGGAGUGAUGGAGAAGCAUCAAUUGUUCUCCGCUAUUAUUGCUUUUAUGUCAUUGUUUUGGCUAUGAAUGGAACAUCUGAAGCCUUUAUGCAUGCAGUUGCAACAGAGAACCAACUCAAGCGUUCAAAUGAUUCACUACUUGUAUUCUCUUUGAUCUCUGUGGUUCUGAAUGUCCUACUAAUAAAGCUAUAUGGGUCAGUUGGCUUGAUCAUGGCAAAUUCUCUCAAUAUGACUUUGAGGAUUUUAUAUUCUGCAAUGUUCAUAAAGGAUUACUUCAAGGGAUCUUCCUCCUUUUCUUUUCGUGGCUGCUUUCCUUCAGGAUGGGUUAUUCUGUUACUUUCAAGUGUAAUCACUCUCGUUUCCGAGAAUGUAGUUUUGGACCAAGAUAAUUUCUGGCCAACAUUGAUGAUCCAUUUCUCUGUUGGGCUGGCUUGCUUCUGCGUGUCAUCAUAUGUGAUCUAUUGCCGGGAAAAACCUUUCAUCAAGAAAAUUAUCCGCUUUCGGGACCACUCGGACUGA